UCCAAAUAUGAAAAUAUAUACCCUCGUUGUGAGGGGUUUCUGUUUACCUCUCCGACCUCCGCUUAAACCCUGACUAUAAUUCUCUCUCUCUCUCUCUCACACACACAGAGAAAAUGAGGCUUCGCUGCCUGAACAAUAUCAUUCCCACUCUGCCUCAGAACCCUCCAAGUCCUUUAACUUUAGCUUCAUUUUUCUCCACUAAAACCUUAGCCCCACCUUCCUCCUCCUCCUCCUCUUCUUCUUCUUCCAGUUCUCUCUACGAUCGCAUUGAAGUCAUUCGAGAUCCCAAAGUCUCGGUAGUUCCAGUGCUGGAACAAUGGGUCAAUGAGGGACGACCCGUUCAAAAACAACACCUCCGAUCACUGGUGCGACUCAUGAAAGACUUUAAGCGCUUCAAUCACGCUCUCGAGAUAUCUCAGUGGAUGACUGAUCGUAGAUAUUUCACAUUAUCACCAAUAGAUGUUGCUGUUAGGUUGGAAUUAAUUCACAGAGUUCGUGGACUAGAGCAUGCAGAAAAUUACUUUAAUAAUAUUUCAAGUAAUCUAAAAUCGGUCAAUGCGUAUGGUGCUCUUCUCAGUGGCUAUGUUCGAGAGAAAUCUGUUGAGAAAGCCGAAUCCAUUAUGCAAAAAAUGAAAGAGAUGGAGAUGGCAGUCUCAUCCUUUCCUUACAACAUGAUGAUUAACCUUUACACUCAAACUGGAGAAUAUGAUAAAAUUGACAUGUUGAUGCAAGAGAUGGAAAGGAAGGGAAUACCUCAAGAUAAGUAUACCAUGCUAAACCGAAUGGCUGCUUACAUUGCAGCAUCUGACAUUUCUGGAAUGGAAAGGAUUUUGAAGAGGAUAGAGGAGGAUAGGCACUUUUCUGUUAACUGGAAAGUGUGUUCCAUGGCAGCAAGUGGAUAUCUGAAAGUUGGGAUGAUUGAAAAGGCUCUUGCAAUGCUGAAGAAAAUGGAGGGAAAUAUUCCCCUUCAGGGAAGGAAAUCAGCCUUUGACUUUCUUCUUACGCUCUAUACAAACACUGGCCGUAAGGAGGAGCUUUACAGAGUGUGGAAUACGUACAAGCCAUCAACCAAACAAAUAGAUGGAUCAUAUGCCUGCAUGAUUUCAUCUCUUGCAAAGCUGGAUGAUUUGGAGGGGGCUGAGAGGAUUUUUGAGGAGUGGGAAGCCCAAUGCACUGUGUAUGACUUUCGGGUGUUGAAUAGCCUUCUUUCAGCUUACUGCAGAAAGGGUCUCUUCAAUAAGGCAGAAUCAGUUUUAAAAAAGAAUAUGGAAGCAAGAACACCUUAUGCUAGUACCUGGAAUGUGUUAGCUUUGGGGUACAUGGAACAUGAGAAUAUGCCUAAGGCAAUUGAGAUGUUGAAGAAGGCACUAUUGGUUGGAAGACAAGGUUGGAGACCAAAUCCCAUCAUUUUGUCUGCCUGUCUCAAUUACUUAGAAGAGCAAGGUGAUGUUGAAGGAAUGGAGGAAUUCUUGAGAUUAUUAAAGAACUUUGUUCCUUUGAGCAGGGAGAUAAAUCACAGAUUGCUGAGGACUUGUGUUGGAAGUGGGAAAUCAGUUUCCGAGGUUCUUAGUCAGAUGAAAUUGGAUGGUUUUACUACUGAUGAUGAAACACAGAAGAUCCUUGAAAUAAAACCAAGUUUAUAGCUUAGAGGAACUCUAUAAAUGUGAGCUCUAAAAGGUUAUAGCUGGUUCAAGGGACCUUGAACUUACUGUGAUCCAUCAAUAUUCAACUCUGGAUGCCAUUUUACAUUUGACCUUUUGUUGGCUGGAUCUUUCAUUUGCACUAAGAAAUCAUAAAGGAGUUUUUCCCAUAGAGAACUGGAUGAUGGUGUCUCUACUCUCUAAAUUCAAACUGGGAGCUCGUUUAGGACAGGACUGAACAGAACAUUUACAAAGAGGAUGCUGAAAUUGAAGGAAAAAUCUUGAACCCUAGCCAUGAAGACCAUAUUUUAUCUUUAGAUUAAACCUCUGCCAAGUGCCAAGGCUGAUGUUGCUCAAUUAUUCUUGAUACUAUUGUAUAUCUUCUAGUAGUAGUACUUUUAUUUAGAUUUGCAGAUGCUCUUUAAAAUUAUCUGAUCUCUGCUCUCUUACGAAAACACCAAAAGUUUCAGAAUUUCAGUUGGAUAUUCUAAUUAAAGCGGUUGUUUGCUUUUCUUCCCUGAACUUGUUUGUUUGGUUAGACCAUAUAUACGUGUAUGUAUUUAUAAAAAUAAAAAAUCGGCCCCUAAAAUAUGGGAUCUUGUUUAA